AUGAGCACCAAUUCUGGCGACACACCCACGUCGCAAAAUUCGGGCUUGCCCAAAUGUGACUGUCUUAUCAACAAUCCCCCCAACAUUUCCAGGAUUCGACGAGUAAUGUUCGAAUGCAAGGACCCUAUAGAGAUAAGUCUUGAGGAGUUUGAGACUUACUGGCCGUUCAUUGAUAACGUGUGGGUAAAACAAAGGUCUAAUUCCAGCAAAGAGGGACACUGUACUACGGACUAUUAUAUGUGUCGAUUGCGACGUCCAACUCAUCGCACAUCAGAGACACGGCCUCUGCCCGAAGGAAAACGGCCCCGAAAGAAAAGGGUGCGAGAGGGUGGCAUUUGCAAUUUCCAGAUCAAAGUGGUGAAGUUUGAAGGGGCCUAUUCAACUGUGACCAUCGCGAGGACUCCGGGAAGUAGCCGUGUGCACUCGCAUGACCUCGAUUAUAUCGAUAAGGUGAAGCGAAAUUCGGGGCUCAUGGAGUUUGCACGAAGGGAAGCAGUGAAGGGAUAUCUACCAUCUUCCAUCUAUACCAAGUUCAAAGAAGCACCUGCGAAGCUUGAGGAGGCAGGUGGCAAAUUCCUCACGGUGACAGAUGUGCGCAAUGUUUCAGCAAAGUGGAGAAUCCAGAACCCCGAGGUGAAACUCGUACCGCAUGAUGGCUAUGAAUACCAAAAAGGCCAUGGAAUCGUGAGAAAAGGGGGAAAUGAAAGCAACGGCGGCAGUCCGGUUCUAUCGAGUACGACCCCGAAGUCGUCGUUACCACCAGACACUCUUUCAUUUCCUCAGUUCUCCUUGGAGUUCCUCGGACCCUAUCUCCCAAAGCACGAUGAGCGGCGCCCAUUUCCUCAUGUCACCCUAUCUUACGCAUCUUCCAUGGACUCUAAAAUCUCACUUCUUCCAGGCAUGCAGACAGUGCUCUCGGGACCCGAAGCUAAGCUUAUGACGCACUAUCUGCGAUCUCGUCACGAUGCUAUCUUGAUUGGAGUUGGGACGGUCCUUGCUGACAACCCGGGCUUGAACUGUAGAUUGGAAGGGGCAGGAGGCUACGGCGGCCUGGGGAGAAUGUGGCAACCGCGACCCGUGGUGAUUGAUCCCACCGGUAGAUGGCCCAUUCAUCCCGAGUGCCGCAUGCUGAGGACUGCAGUGAAUGGUAAAGGCAAAGCACCAUGGGUUGUGGUAUCGCCGGGAGCCCGCAUUCACCCCCAAAAACUGGUGAUGCUCAAAGGCUAUGGGGGCGACUUUCUUCGAAUCAUGGAAUACAAUCAGGAUUGGCGCCUUCGCUGGGAAGCCAUUCUGCGCGCUUUGGCAUCCGAGGGUAUCAAGAGUGUCAUGAUUGAGGGCGGAGGAACUGUCUUGAGUGAGCUGUUAAAUCCCGAGUAUGCCGAUUUUAUUGAUUCCAUAGUUGUGACUGUCGCCCCCACUUAUCUUGGCUCUAGUGGAGUGAGCGUGAGUCCAGACUCUAAGCGCGACGGAGAAGGAAAGCCGAACGCGGCAUUAAAUCCCAAGGAUGUGAGAUGGACACCAUUGGGUCAAAACGUUAUUAUGUGCGGCAGAAUCCGCACAGAGAAUCCCCUUACUUCUCGCAUUCAGGGAUAA